AUGAGCUCGCUCGCUCUUGUGGGGAGCCCCAAGGGGGACGCCGUUCCGACCUAUGUCCUUUACAGUCCACAGGGAUCAAAGCCGUUGGCGGGGCUGCACAUCGAGGGAGGUGGUGUUAGCCGCUACUAUGACAAAUGCACAAGGUCGCAGCUCCUGCAGAUUGCACCUUCCACGCAAGUUUCGUUCCUGCGUAGCACACCGUCACGCAUAGGGGGAAAAAGUAACAGCAGCAGUACCUUAGCUGCUGCGUCUCAACGCAUCAUCGUCUUGCAGUUGUUCUGCGAGGAGUCUGCGCGCGCCGCAUUUUCUCUUAUAGUGGAGUUCGUGCUCCAAGACAAAUUGGGACGGCACCGCAUCGUCUUCAGUAGUAGCUUCCAGAAGUUACAGCGGUGUGCUCAGCACGUGAAGGUGCCGUUGCUUUGCGCCUCGCCGGGAAUGUGGUUAAACUUCGUAUUCGAUGUGCCCAACAUCCACGCGGCCUUGUGCGGGAAUUCCGGUGGGCGCCUUUCAAAUGCGGAGCUGAGUCAGUCGCGCAGGCUCCUGCACGUAACCGUAAGCUGCAGCUGCAUCUGCCGUGUACGGCGGGUGCUUGGCAUGCCGCAGCUUCCAUCCACGGUGAGUGACACGACGAUGAUGACAUCACCAGAAGUAGAGUGGCCGUUGUCGCUGCGCCUCCCCGCGGAGGUGCCGAUGAGCACCUGGAUUAUACGAACAUGCGAGGAGGCGUUUCUGCACAAUCAACCGGCGGGUGCCACUUCUACAACAGAGAGUACAGACGAACCUAUUUGCCCAUUGGAGGAUGCAGAGCCCUCUGCAAGGCCCGUUCAUACUGAUCACGUAGCGGCACACAACAUGCGCGCGCAGAGGCUCUCGGCUGCGUCGGCAGAGGGUCUUUCUCAGAUCUUAUCCGACGCUACGUCGCUGCACUCAGGCCUCUCUGUGGGAGUACCCAGCCAGGCAUACGUGAAUCGACAGGAUGCGGGUUGGAGCGCAAGGGACACGUAUGGUGACCCAAUGGGGGUCACCGGGAGGGGUCUGCGGGCGGACGAGGCACAGCAGCAGCAACAGCAGUCACAACAACAACAACGACAUCAGUGGGGUUGCGUGCGCGUCCCGGACAGCCAACAGAGAGAAAUACACGACGAGAGGACGCAGCUGCCGUCUUCCCGCGUCUUCGGCAGACACCAUGCUGCUGUGCAGACAAACGACAUUCUAGGGGAGCUACAGAUAGUAGGGACAGUGUCUGGAGGCGUGAGAACACCGGCCAAUGUGCGGCAUGUGGGGACGAUGCACAGUGGCGAUGCCAAGCGCCUCGUAUCGGGCAGCGGGAGGCAGCCUCGGAUGCAGGCUAGUGGAAUAGAAAGGUGCACCGUGCCUCGAACACCAGAAGCAGGGGUGGCUGAGUCGACAUCGCCACGUCGCCUCGAUCAGUUGCCAAGAGCUGUGAGGGAUGAGGAUGAGAAGCAGAUGCAGAUGAAAAUAAUAAAUUCGUCAACGGUGCACACCACUUCGAAGGAGGAAAGCAACAUGACACCAAAAUUACACACACGGACUGUUGCCAACUACCAGCGCACACUCGACUUGAUGCGUGAGCGUGUUGAACGUAUCCAGGCGCUGAUCGGCGAGGAGGCGGUGGACGGGGAAAGCAGCGCCUCGACGCGCCAAAAUUACGGCAGCGACUGUGAGAAGGGCGGGGACGACAGCAAUAAAGAUGAAGACCGCCUCGACGGUAGGCCGCGGCUGCACUCGGCCACGGGUCGCCGUUCGGCCAAACCCUGGGACAUGGACCACCAUCAUCAGCAACAAAAAAGUCUGCACUUGUCACCGCGGCCCCAUUCACAGCAGNCUUUGGGCGUUGACAAAUGUGGUUUGAUACCCGCUCCGCACACGCCGACGCCGCACUCCGGGAGAUGUUUUCCGACUGUUGAUGCCACCCGCACUUGCACCGCCACCUGCGACGACGAUGACAUCGACGAUGGUGAUGAUGAUGAUGAUGAGCGCUUCACCGUGAACGUGUGCAUGUCCGAGGAUUGUGGGCGGCCGGCUGUCGUGGUGCCGGCAGAGGCCACCGCACUUGACCAGAAGCCUCCGGUGCCACUGCCCCGCUCAGCCGCACAUGCGGUGGACAGGAUCUCCUUUAGCUCUACGCCCACGGAGACUGCGAUGGAGUGGUCCUUCCGCAGGGCGACGAUUCAAGCAGAGGAUGAUACUCCGCAACUCUCUGCCCCAUCCUCACCCGGUGCUACUGUUUCCGUUCCUGCGAUGAUGCGAGAACGGAGGGUGCACGCUGUGGCGCGCCGAGGACGACUAGGGGAGUGCGUGGUGGAGUCGCAGCAGCAAGAGAACCAGUGGCAGCAGCUUCAGCAUAUUCCCCAGCAGGAAGUGAUGCCGUUUAAUGAGGAAUUGCUGAGGCCAAGCCUGCUGGAGUUUCAGGGCUGCAACAUGACAGCGAGCAACACGCCGCUCAACUCGCUGCGGUUAAGUCACCACGGCGCGGAAGAGGAGGGCAGCAGCGUCUGCCUCUCCGACUACCGGAGGCCGCCAGUGGCGGGCAAGACCGAGGCGGCGGGCAACGGCCACUUCAUCCACUUGGGCAGUGCGCGCGUGGGUGGCGGCGGCGGCGGUGGUGGUGACGACGACGACGAAGACGCUGGCACAAUACAAUCCUCGCGUGUCGCAUCACUUCCACCGCGGUCGCCGCCGCCACUACAAUCGAACCUGCUGCCGCUGUCGCCGGUGCCGUCACCAAUACCCUUACCGCGCACUGACAAUGCACGUGUUCCCAACGGCAGACCCAGCAGCAAAGAUAACCACCACUGCCACAGUACCAAUAUUGAUACAGCCGAGAGACGUGGGAGUGUGCGUGUGACACGUACUGGGACCCCUGCCUCUGCUGCUGCAUCCGUUGCGCCGCCAUCACUACCGCCACCACUGCCGCGGCCUGAUGAGGUGGGCAACACCCCGCAGCCACUCGACACUGCGGGCGGCCCGUUUGUGUUCGACCCCCUCCUGCAGUGCUUUCUGGAUCUGCGAUCAAACGCGUACGUGGUGACAACAAGACACGCACAGAAUGGCAGGACUUAG